AUGCAAGUUCUCUUGUUGGGUGGCAAUGAAAAUCUUACUAUUAGUUUAUCAAAAUUGAACUGCAGCAUUUCUUAUUCUUUGAAGCAGUUGGACUUAUCGCGUACAAGUUUCUCUUCUGCACUGCCAAAUUCAAUUGGGUGCAUAGGGUCCUUAAAUUCUUUGAAUCUAGGAUAUUCUCAAAUUUCUGGUGUCAUUCCUGAAUCAAUUGGCAACCUUACACAGCUUACUGAAUUGUUUCUGGAUGGUAACUAUCUUCUAGGGAAAAUACCAAAUGAAUUUUCCAUUUCACAAAAGAUAAGUACGCUGUCACUAGGUCACAAUUUAUUGUCCGGGAAAUUUCCGAAGUCACUUCUCAACCUUAUGCAUCUUGACUUUUUAGAUCUCUCUAGUAAUCAACUGACAGGAGAAAUCGGAGAUUUCAAAAAUAGGUUACCAUCAGAGAUUCGGUUGCAAAAUAAUCAACUAACUGGUUCAAUUCCUCCAUCAAUUUUUACUAUUCCGACCCUAUCUCACCUUGACCUUUCAGCAAACCAUUUUAAUGGCGUUGGGCAAGACUUGUUUGUGGACUUCAAUCAACUUCAAAAGAACCCUCUUCAGACCGAAGCCCCAUGGCACACUACAAACAAUGUGAGCAUUUCCUAUCCAGAUUUCGCGUACUUGGGAUUGUCUUCUUGCCAGAUAAAGAAAUUUCCAGAGUUUCUUAGAAAUUCAGAGAGUUUAGUAUUUCUGGACCUCUCAAAUAACACGAUUCUUGGUGAAAUUCCAAGCUGGUUCAUGUCCAAGACUUUUGAUAAGUUGUUCUACUUGAACCUUUCGCAUAACUUUUUGACUAGUACCAUAGGCCAACUACCCGUUGCUUCAUCUAUGGUGUAUCUAGAUGUGAGUUCCAACUCACUUCAGGGCCAAAUACCUUCUUCUAUCUGUGAUUCAAAUAAUCUUGGUAUUCUUGAUUUGUCAAAUAACAAUUUGUCUGGCCUAAUUCCUCAAUGCCUGGGAAACUUCAGCCAGAACCUAGACAUUAUGGAUUUGGGAAAUAAUAGGCUUUUUGGCACCAUGCCCACAACAUUUUCAAAAGGCAACUCUCUACGGUUUCUUAUGCUAAAAGACAAUCAAUUACAAGGGCCACUGCCACAAUCUUUAGCUCAUUGUAAAGAUCUGGAACUCCUUGAUUUAGGGAACAACAAGAUAGAUGAUAAAUUUCCAAUUUGGUUGGAAAUUCUUUCUAAUCUGGAGGUCCUAGUAUUGAAAUCUAAUCAAUUUCACGGAACAAUUGGCAGUUGUCAAACAAAAAGUCCAUUUCCUCGGCUGAGAAUAAUUGAUGCAUCCCACAAUGAGCUCACUGGUUCUCUACCUGAAGACAUUAUCAGCAAUUUCAAUGCUAUGAAAAGUUCAAAGCAUCCGCAAAAGGAAUUAGUCCAGUAUAUGACGGGAGAAAGCUUUGGAGUUUAUUAUUACAUCCAUUCUGUGGGUUUGUUUAUCAAAGGGGCAGAGUACAGUCUUGAAAGAGUCCUAAUCAUGGUUCAAAGUCGUGGUCGCGGUCACGGUCGCGGCCUGGAACGUUCCACAUCGGUUUCGGCAUAUUGGUCGCGGUCUCGGUGA